CCAUCCCCCCGCUCUUCCUCAGUCACUUGUCGAUCAUUCCCACUUUUGGAUUCUCAACUCCAACCUCCAGCUUCACUCUUUGUUUUUUCUCUCGUCUCACAAUCCGUCGCCAUCGAUGUCGCUGUGGAGUCUCCUGUCGCAGUUUGAUGACUAUGUCGCCACUGAGCUCGCGCCACCCGGGAGCGCCUUCCCCCGCCUGCGCGCUACCAACCCGGACAUUUACCCGCACUUGAGGCAGCUGUGGAUUGUCCUCCCGAUUGCCGUCGCCCUCUUUGUCGCGCGCAUCGUCUUUGAGCGAUUCUUCAUCCGCCCACUCGGUGUCCGCCUCGGCAUCUCGACCAAGCCCACCAAGCGCAACGAGCCAAACCCUGCACUCGAGGCCGAGUACAAGAAGAAGAAGCGAAUGACCCCCGAGCGCGCUGCAGACCUCACCAAGAAGACCGACAAGACUCCCGAGUACAUCAUGACCUGGUUCCACCGUCGCCGGAACGCAGACAAGCCCAGCAAGAUGGUUCGCUUCCAAGAGGCAGUGUGGCGCCUCAUCUACUAUACGACUGCGUUUGUCUGGUCUGUUUACAUUCUGUCUGGCUACCCCUGGCUGACCGACACCGACUACUGCUGGAUUGGCUACCCCGAAAAGCAAACAUUGGACCCGACGAUCCAGUGGAUUUACUUUAUCCAACUCGGCUUUUACAUGUCGCUGUUGUUCUCGCAGUUCACCGACGUCAAACGCAAGGACUUUUGGGAAAUGUUCAUUCACCACGUUGUUACCAUCUUCUUGGUUGCAUUCUCGUACCACGCCAACUUUAUCCGAAUCGGCACGCUUGUGCUUCUCGUGCACGACGUGAGCGACAUUUUCCUGGAGGGCGCCAAGGCGUUCAACUACCUCAAGUACCAAAAGCUCUGCGACGCCACUUUUGUCGUCUUUGCCAUUGUCUUUUUCGUCGCCCGUCUGUUCGUCUACCCCCGUUAUGUGCUGAAGAGCGCUUUCUGGGACGUUCGCGCCCUGCUCAACACUGAGCCCUUCUUUGGAUUGUGGUUUUUCAACAUUCUGCUGUGGAUCCUGCAAGCCCUCCACGUCAUGUGGUUUAUCACGAUUUUCAAGAUGGUGAUCAGCUUUGCUUCCAAGGGCGAGGUCUCUGGCGAUGACCGCAGUGACUCUGAGGCCGAAGAGGAGGACGACACGGCCCACCCCGCUGCGCCAGCGCCCGUUAAGGCCAUCCCGGCAGCCAAGCCCGUCAAGCAUUAAUGGAUUGUUGUCCGAGACCCCCCCCAUCUCCCCUGGGUGUUUGCUUUUUUGAUUGCGUGAGUAGUUGUUGUUGCUACUGCCAUUUCUCUUCGUCUCUCUGCUUGGAACACGUUGCUUGUGCCGUCUUUCUUCUCCCUUUUCUUGUUUGCCGUUUCUUGUUUCUUUCCCACGUUUUUUUUUUCGUUUUUGCGUGAAUGUCAUUCUGUAUUUGGGCGUCAUUCGAAAUCCAAAAUCACUUUGA